AUGACAAUCAAGAAAAUUCAUGACCAAUACGCAUACGACUCCAGAGGAAAUCCAACAGUAGAAGUGAAAUUGAUCACCAACAAAGGUUUAUUCAGAUCAAUCGUCCCAUCUGGUGCCUCCACCGGAAGCCAUGAAGCAAUUGAGUUGAGAGAUGGAGACAAGUCCAAAUGGUUAGGUAAAGGAGUUACCAAGGCUGUACACAAUGUCAAUACUGUCAUUGCUCCUGCGAUAAUCAAAGAAGAUAUGGAUAUCAAGAACCAACAACCCGUUGACGAUUUUCUCAACUCUUUGUACGGCACAGACAACAAAUCCAACUUGGGCACCAACACAAUUCUUGGUGUUUCUCUUAGUAUAGCGAGGGCAGCCGCUUCUGAAAAAGGGAUCCCAUUCUACAGGCACUUGGCUGAGCUUAGUGGCACAAACAAAGACAAAUUUGUAAUGCCUGUUCCAUUUUUGAAUGUGCUUAAUGAUGGUUCUCACGCCGGAGGAGCGUUGGCUUUUCUUUUCUCAAGAAUUCAUGAUUGCUCCAACUGGCGCACCGUCUUUUUCCGAGGGUCUUAG